GUUACGCAUCAGCUGUGCACGGAGCGAGCUGAGAUCUGUCCGUGGUGCUGAACUAAGAAUCCACUCGGUCAAAUCGAUGAGGAAGGGGAUCAGUUUUGGUUCUGUUGCCUGACGCAGAAAAAGUGCAGCCAUCAAUCUCUGACUGCUGGUUCACUUGAGCCACCGUGCACAGUUCUCAAGUCAAACAGUGGUGGUGUGUUCGAUGCCCGGCUGUGUUCACGUGCAGCUGUCACCGCCGACGAGUCUCUGAGCAAGACACUGCAUGGGACCUAACCCCCUCACCCGUCUCCCGGGAUAAGCGCGUCAGCUAAAAGCGUAAAAAUGUAAAUGCGAAAGCUUCUGAGAAGAGUCAGAGGAAGGGAUUAAAAUCCGCAACGCUGGAUGCUAAAACUGCAUUAGAACCUGAAUCCCUCUCCUGCCAGCUGCACGUCGCCCGCGGCUGGAUCAGAAUUUCAUCUUGGAGCAACAUUAUCUUAAACCUUCUGCCGGACCGAACGCGUUUCCGCACUCAGCAGUUUGGAGAGAUGAGCGCGCACAGGAGUCCCGCUUCCCUCCGUCCUCCUCCUCCUCCUCCUCUCAGCGAGCGACCUCGGAGCGGCUUUCAGCAGCAUCCCAGUUGUCUGGAGUGAUGCUUAGUAGCAGAGCGAUGGGACGCACGCACCACUCUCCAGCUGAUGAUGGACUGAUGUGAUUGAACUUGAAGUCAGGCGCAAGACCUGCGAAUCUUUUCCACAGAAAACUUGGGACGACAGAAGGAUAUAUAAUAUAUAUACAUAUAUUUUUUGGGAGGGUGGGGGACUUCUUUGACGGAGGGACAUUUCAGAGUGAAGUGAGGAUUAUGUUUCGUUGAAGUCACAGUAAUGACCCGUCCCAGGAUGCGUGUAACACGAUGCGCGCACUGCUUAUGACAAUCGAUUCCGCUCAGAAAAGGAUGCACCGUGGGCCGGCACAAUUACGCACGAGGUUCAGGGAUCUACUGUAGGCACACCUUGGCAUUGUGUUGUCAUGAGACACUGGACGCGAGGACUGCAGCUUGAAUCGGGACUGUGCUCUGAGUCUGAGCGCAUCGGCACCAUGCAGCUACACCCCACACCCUGAACUUCUGGGACGUGUGCGCUCCGAGACGAGACUCAGAUUUCGUGCACGGUUUGAUUUGAUUUGAUUUGAUUUUUUUUUUUUUUUAAACAAAUUUUUAGAAAAUGGCACUGAGUGAAAACUGCAAAACGCAACCUGCAAAAGAGCAAGGCUCUGUGCAAAACCCUCCAUCGGAUGUGAUUGAGCUCAACGUGGGCGGACAGGUGUAUUACACUCGUUAUGCCACCUUAACAACCUUUCCGAAUUCCCUGCUUGGGAAGCUUUUCUCUAACAAGAAGGGGUCUUCGAACGACUUGUCCCGGGACCUGAGAGGACGUUAUUUCAUCGACAGAGACGGCUUUCUGUUUAGGUAUGUCCUGGAUUAUCUUAGAGACAAGCAAGUUGUCCUCCCUGACCACUUCCCCGAGCGAGGAAGGUUGAGAAGAGAGGCGGAAUACUUCCAGCUGCCAGAACUGGCCAAACUUUUAUCGUCCGAUGAUUCAAAACUGUUCCCAGACGACUUGAACUACAGUGAUUACGAUGAUGUGUCGCUGGGCAGCGACCAGAGGUUUUACCCCUCUUACUCCUUGGACAGGAGGUACGGCUACAUCACGGUCGCCUUCAGAGGCGCUUGCGCCGGGGGAGGCAGAGAAAGUCAAAGUGAUGCCAAAGCCAAAAAGUUGCCGAGGAUCUUCAUCAGCAGCAGGAUCGGCUUGGCCAAAGAGGUGUUUGGAGACACCCUGAAUGAGAACAGGGACUUUGACAGACCGCCGGACCGCUACACCUGCAGGUUUUACCUCAAGUUCAGGCACCUGGAGAGAGCUUUUGACAUGCUGUCAGAGAGCGGCUUUCACAUCGUGGCCUGCAACUCGUCCCUGACCGCGUCCUCCAUCGGUCAUUACGCGGACGACAAGGUCUGGUCCAAUUACGCGCAGUACAUCUUCUACCGUGGGCCCUCGAGGUGGAUGUCCUCUCACUGUGACUGCUGCUGCAAGAGCCACAAAAGCGAGCGCGAGGGAGAGAGCGGCACCUCCUUCAACGAGCUCUCCACUUCAUGUUCUGAGACCCAGUCGGAGGCCAGCUCCCCUCAAGGUACCGUGAUCUGUGGCCCUGUGAGCAGGCGCUCCAACGCCCAGACGCUGGACCGUCCCAUGCCCAAAGGGCCCAUCCACAUGCUGCAGCAGGCAGAGAUGCGCCGCAAGACUGACAUGCUCCGCGUGAGAACCUUCGGCGUCCGCGAGCGCGAGGCCGCAAAGAGGAAAGCGAACAAGGAGAAGAUGACUCCGGAGCAGGAGCUGGAGAAAUGCAUCCAGGACUUCCGUCGCAUUAGGAUUCCCGAUCGCUUUCCGGAGAGGAAGUACAUUUGGCAAUCAGAGCUCCUGAGAAAGUACCGUCUCUAAAUACGAGCGUGAAGAAGAAGAAGAAGAAGAGAGAGGAGAGCUGGUGGUAUCAUGUCAACAUCAAACAAUGAGUAUUAACUGCAUAGGCAAUAGACUGCACCCUCUAAGACACAUACUGUAUUAGAAAACAAAAAAACUAUGGCCACUUUCCCGCCAGCAUGACUAGCUGAGCACACAAAGUACAAGGCAGUGUGAGUCCUUGAUUUGUUAAGUAUGCACAGUGUUGUGUGUGAUAUGCACAUGUGUAAAUCAGGUUACUCCUGUUGGGGCUUGGACUACUAACCCUGUGCUCGCUUCCGAGAGCCGGGAACCAGUCGUACUAACGCUACUAACUCACUAGUUGAAGCAACAAAGCAACCUCAGGGGCAACAUCAUGUCCAUCAAACUAUCACAUACUGUAUGUGCAACUGCCCACGAUAGCUGUUUUUCUUCUUUCUUUUUUUUUUUUUUUAAAUGGAUGUACCCAGAUGGUGCUGUGAGUUAGCAAUGGAAUAUCACUAAACUCCACUGAUAACACAUAUACUUAUAGUAGGCUUUGAAAGCGGCACUGCAUGUCAUUUCACCCUUAGCAUAAUUAUGCAAUAUCAAACAAAACUUUCAAUUCACUAUCUCGUGUGAUGGGUAAAAAUGGUGUGUUACGACUGAGACUGAAGUUAAAAGAGGAAAGCACUGCCUAUAGACCUGUUUGCCAUUGUAAAACUUCUCGUCCAGUGUUGUCAUUAUGUGUUGGAUAGAUGAUGUUGUGUAUGUAGAGUAUAUAAUGCCAAUGGAUAUUUGACUACUCCUUGAUUGUAAGUGUGCAAAAAAGCUAAUAAAUGGGUAAGAGUU